UCCGAUCUGUUAAGACGAAGGUAAUGGAUCCCGGACCACAAGGUCAUCCAGAUCAAGUAGCCUAUAUCCUCACUUGGGAGGAUCUCAUUCGGAAUCCUCCGGCAUGGAUGAAACCCUUCCUCCCUUCCUACCCCCUAUCUCAAUCUACCCUUCUUCCCCUGAAAACCUCAAAAGACCGAGCCUCAACCCAAACUCCAGAUCCGCCCACACCGGUUUUUCCCGAUGAGUCCCAAAGGGACUCCCUCCUCCUAGACGCUUUGUCCUCGCCGCCCUACAACCCCCUCUUACAGCCUCCACCCUAUAAUCCGCCCCUGGCCCCCGCCUUGACCCCGGUGGCCCCUACUUCCCCUCCUGCCUCCAGUUCCUCCUCCCCCUCCUCUCCCGGUCCUGUGGCCGUGCGUCCGGGGCCCGAGCCGCGGCCCCGCCCCCGCUCCCCGCUGGCGAUCCCGGCCCCCCUUUUGCCCUGUCGGGGCGGCUCGCGCCGAGGCCGAGUCGCGCGCGGGGCUGCGCCCCGGGGAUGCGUGCCCCGGCGGCGGCCCGCGGGACGCCGCGGCGUCGCCCGCCGCUGCGCGUGCGGUGCCCCGUGCCGCGCGGUCCCGUGGGCCGUCGUGGGGGGUGGAGGUUGUGGAUCCGGAGCGCCGUUGGUCUCGCCGCCUUGCCCCGGGCGGCGGCCGCGGCGGUCUGGCCGUGGCCCCCUCACCCGCCCGGACUGGGACUAUGAAACGGCUCCAGGUAGGGAGAGUCUCCGAAUCUAUCGCCAGGCUCUGUUGGCGGGUCUCAAGGGGGCAGGGAAACGGCCCACCAAUUUGGCCAAGGUAAGGACCAUAAUUCAAGGAAAAGAGGAGAGCUCCAACGGCUAGAUGGGAUUCAAACCUAUGGGUUGCAGGAACUAGUUAGGGAGGCAGAAAAGGUAUAUAACAAGAGGGAAACUCCAGAAGAACAGGAGGCUAGGCUAGCAAAAGAGCAGGAAGCACAGGAGGAACGAAGAGAUCGAAAGAGAGAUAAACGUCUAACAAAAAUCCUGGCAGCUGUAGUGACAGAAAAUAGAACAGGAAAGUCAGGGGAAACGAAGAGGC